AUGAAUUUGAUAAGACGAUCAUAUCCAAAUGUAAUUUUAAACUUUGAAAAAUCAAAAAAAAAAGAAUGCAAUCAUCGUUUACUUCUAAAGAAAUCUGAAGAAUCUAAACGAUUAGAACGACGACGAAAUCGUUUUACAAAUCAAUCAACAUCUAUAAUUAAUAAAUCAAUUCAAUUAACGAAUGAAACGAAUCAAUCCUUGAUAGGUACAUGUGAAAAAUUAGAAAAGAAUUAUCUUCGGUUAACAAGUGCGCCUAAUCCAUCAACAAUUCGACCAUUGGCAAUUCUUGAACAAGCAUUUUCUUUUGUUAUAAAUAAAUAUAAAUCAAAUAAUGAUUGGUCAUAUAUUAGUAAUCAAUUAAAAAGUAUUCGACAAGAUCUUAUGGUACAAUCAAUACGAAAUGAUUUUACAGUAUUAGUUUAUGAAGAAAAUGCUCGAAUAGCACUUGAAAUAGGUGAUCUUGAUCAGUUUAUUCAAUGUCAAGCACAGUUAGAAAUGUUAUAUGAUAGUGGUUGUAAUCGUACUAAUUUAAUUGAAUUUCUUAUUUAUCGUUUACUCUAUUCAUUAUUACUUAAUGAUUAUAAAAAAGCAAAUCGAAUUUUAAUUGAUAUUGAUGAAACAAAUAUAUUAUUAAGAAAGUCAAACAAUAUUGAUAUUGUUCUUGAAUUUUGUUCAUCAUUUCGUCGAAAAAAUUAUAUUCAAUUAUUUACACUCUAUAAAUCUUUACCUAAACUUGCUUGUUGUUUAGUAAAUUUUUUUAUUGAUAUUUAUCGUAAACAAAUGAUUCAGAUUUUAAUUUGGGGAUUUGCUCCAACACUUUCAAUUGAUGUUGUUACUACUAUGUUGGCUUACGAAUCAAAUGAGAUCUGUCGAGAACAUCUCAGUUCACUGGGUGUUAUAUUCAUCGAUGAAUCAAUGUCUAUUGAUUGUAAAACAAGUCGAACGAGUUUUGAUAAAAAAUGA